AUGGCCAUCCCCCCACCCCCUUACACCAUUCGAAAGUCCCCCACAAUCCCCGCUGACCCAGCGCUUUCAAGGCACCGCACUCUCUCCACACGAUCUAAACAACCCCCAGCCCGUAGCUCCCCCUCUCCUGCCCCUCCUCUGCGUCGCAAGGUAUCCCUCUUUGCCUCUCUCCGUGCUUCAACUCGCCCCGAUCUAUCUCGUCGUCUGUUCCGCCUUAUAAAAUCAGAAAAUCAUGUCAUCACAGCCUACAACACCGCUGCGCAUGAGCGCCAAUGCAUUGCAACCCAGCUAUCUGAAUGGGGCGAGUCAACGGGCGACGAUGCUGUGUCAGAGCUCUCUGACAAACUCGGUGUUAUUCUUGCCGAGAUUGGCGGUCUGGAGGAAGGUUUUGCAACAAACCUGGAAGGCUGCAGAACAAUGUUAAAGACGAUCAGGAACACCGAGAGUAGUGUCGGACCGAGUAGGGAGAAUAGAGCCAGGAUAUUAGAGGAUAUUAGAAGAUUGGAGUACAAGGAACCGAACUCGCCAAGACUAGCUAUACUAGAGCAGGAGCUUGUCCGAGCAGAGGCCGAGAAUCUGGUCGCGGAAGCACAGCUCACGAAUAUCACGAGAGCAAAAUUAAAGGAGACUUAUGUAAAGCACUUUGCGGCGGUAGUAGAACGGGCCGAGAAACAGGCAAUACUAGCACGGCACGGGAGGAGGAUGCUUGAGCUUCUCAACGAUGAACCUGUUGUCCCAGGAGAUAUGCACGAACCCUUUGAACGCGAGGGAGAAGCUCGGCAGAUUCUGAACGAUGCAGAAGAAGAACUUCGACAGUGGACAUCGGAUAUUGAAGAAUCGCCUCCAGCACAGCAGGUCACGGCUACCGCCCCAUCAUCUGCCCUUAUACAACAAACAACACCCCAGGUUGCAGAGGUUCACCCGGCGCAUCGGGAGGUACAUCCUGCUUUAAGAAACGGAAGCUCAACGGUUGAAAGUUUUGCGCCGAGUACAUACGGGAGCGCAUACAAUGACCCACCGUACCCUAUUAGUGAAGAGGAGAGGGCGGCAAGAACAAUGAUUGCAGCCUAG